AUGACUUGCUCGGCGUCAGAUAGCGAGAAGAUCGUGAUCAACUGCGGCGGGAUCCGACACGAGACCUACCGGAAUACCCUGAAGACGCUGCCGGGCACCCGCCUGUCCUGGCUGACCGAGCCCGACGCCUACAGCAACUUCGACUACGACCCCAAAUCCGACGAGUUCUUUUUCGACCGCCACCCGGCCACCUUCGCCUUCAUCCUCAACUACUACCGCACCGGCAAGCUCCACUGCCCCAACAAUGUGUGCGGGCCGCUCUUCGAGGAUGAGCUCACCUUCUGGGGCAUCGACGAGACGGACGUGGAGGCGUGCUGCUGGAUGAACUACCGGCAGCAUCGCGACGCCGAGGAAGCCCUGGACAGCUUCGAGACCCCCGAGCCGGACGAGCCGGAGAACGACGCGGCGCUCACCGGCGGCGACGGCGACCUGAAGCGGCUGUGCAUGCAGGAGGACGGCCGCAGGAUGACGAGAUGGGAACGGUGGCGGCCCUUCAUGUGGGCGCUGUUCGAGGACCCGUACUCCUCCAAAUACGCGCGGAAUGUGGCGUUUGGCUCGCUCUUCUUCAUCCUCAUCUCCAUUUCCACCUUCUGCCUGGAGACCCACGAAGCCUUCAACACCAUCUACAACAAAACAGAGAACGUCACCAUCGGCAACGUGACGCAUGAGGAGAUCGUCUACGAGGUAGUCACCGAUGGCUGGCUGACAUACGUGGAGGGCGUCUGCGUCAUUUGGUUCACCAUUGAGGUGAUGGCGCGUGUCGUCUUCUGCCCCGACAAAGCAGAGUUCUUCCGCACCACCCUCAACAUCAUAGACUUCGUGGCCAUCGUGCCCUUUUACCUGGAGGUGGCGCUGAGCGGCCUCUCCUCCAAAACAGCCAAAGACGCGCUGAGCUUCCUGCGCGUGGUGCGCUUCGUCCGUAUCCUGCGUAUCUUCAAGCUGACCCGCCACUUUGUUGGCUUACGAGUCCUGGGUCACACUUUGCGGGCAAGUACCAAUGAGUUCCUGCUGCUCAUCAUCUUCCUGGCGCUGGGCGUCCUCAUCUUUGCAACCAUGAUCUAUUACGCCGAGCGCAUCGGUGCCGACCCGGCCGAUCCGACGGCUGCGGCCCACACCAACUUCAAGAACAUCCCCAUCGGGUUCUGGUGGGCUGUGGUGACCAUGACCACGCUGGGCUACGGGGAUAUGUACCCCGAGACAUGGUCAGGAAUGCUGGUGGGUGCCCUCUGCGCCUUGGCGGGCGUGCUGACCAUCGCCAUGCCCGUGCCCGUCAUCGUCAACAACUUCGGCAUGUACUACUCCCUGGCCAUGGCCAAGCAGAAGCUCCCCAAGAAGAGGAACAAGCACAUCCCCCGAGCGCCACAGCCCGGCAGCCCCAACUACUGCAAGCCAGAUGUCCUGGCGAUGGCGACCGCCUCCCCGCAAAGGCUGAUGGGCAACGUGAUUGGGCCGGGCAUGGUGGGAUCUGGCAGCAUGAUGGGCACCGGAGACUGCCCACUGGCACAGGAGGAGAUCAUCGAGAUCAACAGAGGAGAUUCCAAGCAGAACGGCGAUGCGGCGGCCAACGCGGCCCUGGCCAAUGAGGACUGCCCCACCAUCGACCAGGUCCUGGGGGACGACCGCAGCCCGGCCACGGGGGGCCUCGGCUCCACCACCAGCCGCGAGCGCUACCCGCAUGACCGGGCCUGCUUCCUGCUGAGCGCCGGGGAGUUCCAGCGCACGACGGACGGGAACGUCCGGAAAGCCCCGGGUUAUGAGAAGUCCCGCAGCCUCAAUAAUAUCUCCGGGAUGACGGGCGCCCCGCUGCGCCUCGCCCCCAUCACCAACUCCCCCUUCGAGCCCUUCGAGCCGGCUGGCCUCAGGCGAUGCCGCUCCCCCAUCCCCUCCAUCUUGUAG